CAACACGCACAUGAGGUCAUCGCGUUUCUGAAGACCCAACCCAACCCAACAGGAAGACAACAGAUUUUUGACAUGAUUCAAAUUUGCGACUGUCAGCGUUAAUUACAGACUUUAUUUUCGCCUAAAGGCCCACAAAUUAAUAAAAUGCCCUUAUUUGAUGGGUUGGGAAGUGGAGGAGAGAAGACUGCUAUCGUAAUUGAUUUGGGAGCAGCGUACACAAAAUGCGGCUUUGCAGGGGAAACGGGACCCAGGUUCAUAAUUCCGAGCGAGAUCCGGAAACCAGGACGGCAACAAGCCAUCAAAGUGGUCCAGUACAACAUCAACACAGAAGAGCUUUAUGUCAUCCUCAAAGAGUUUAUCCAUAUACUGUACUUCAGACACCUGCUGGUGAACCCUCGUGACAGAAGAGUGGUCAUCAUCGAGUCCAUCCUCUGCCCUUCUCACUUCAGGGAGACUCUCACCAAGGUUUUCUUCAAACAGUUUGAGGUGCCCUCUGUGCUGUUUGCCCCGAGUCACCUCAUGGCCAUCAUGACUUUGGGCAUCAGCUCUGCCCUGGUGAUGGACUGUGGCCACACGGAGACACUGGUGCUGCCUGUUUAUGAGUGCACUCCUAUUCUGCCGGCUUGGGAAGCUUUGCCUUUGGGAGGGAAAGCUAUCCAUAAAGAAUUAGAUGGACUUCUUGUGGAACAGUGCACUGUGGACACAGACACUACUACUGGGCAGAGUGUACCAGCUGUCAUUGGGACCAUCCCAGAGGAGACUGUGGAGGACAUAAAGGUCAGAACAUGUUUUGUCAGUGACCUACAGAGAGGCCUCAAUAUCCAAGAAGCCAAAUUUAACCUGGAUGGAACAGCAGAGCGUCCAGCCCCUCCUCCAGACGUUGAUUAUCCUCUGGAUGGGGAGAAAAUCCUGCACGUCAAAGGAUCAAUCAGGGACUCUGUAAUGGAGAUUCUGUUUGAACAGGACAAUGAGGAGAAGAGCGUGGCCUCUCUGAUACUUGACGCUCUGGUCAAGUGCCCGAUCGACACCCGUAAAGUGCUCUCUGAGAACCUGGUGGUAAUCGGAGGCACGGCCAUGCUGCCAGGCUUCCUGCACCGUCUGCUGGCAGAGAUACGCCUCCUGGUGGAGAAACCCAAGUACAGUGACGUGUUAGCCAGCAAGAGCUUCCGUAUACACGCUCCACCUGCCAAGCCCAACUGCACCGCCUGGCUCGGAGGUGCAGUCUUCGGGGCCCUGCAGGACAUCCUGGGCAGCAGGUCGGUGUCCCGGGACUACUACAACCAGACAGGUCGCAUCCCAGACUGGUGCUGCUUGAGCUCCCCUCCUCCUGAGUCUCUGUAUGAAGCAGGAAAGACCCCUCCUCCACUAAUGAAGAGAGCGUUCUCCACAGAGAAGUAGAAUAUGCUGUAACAUAAUUGUAAUAAUGUACUCUCCUUCUACCUGAUAGAACAAGUCCAGUAAUCUUUAAUGCAACAUCUCAACACAUAUCUUGUCAAUGUGUUAAAACUACACAAACAGCUCUAGGUGUUUUUAAUGUCUAGUAGUCACACCUAAGUUUUUGUAUCCAAUGAUUGUGGACAGACACAACAGAUAUCGGGAUUUUAGGCGGUUAAACUGAUAUGCAGCCAUGUCUUCUGUUGAAGUCUCAUUGAGUAAGGUACUGAACCUUUACGUGCUUACUGUCAUUCUCAUUCCAGUUUAUUCUGUUUUUUCUUGAAAAAACACAUUAUAUUCAGCAGAAAUGUUUCACAUGACUACCAAGUAGGGCUUUAUUCAUCCAUUUGUCAACAAAACUACAAAAAAUGUUGCUAAGCUUUGGAGAAAGCUGAAAUUAUUUCAGUGUGGUGGAUGAUAAAGUGUGGAAAUCUCACUUUGACGGUGAUACCCCAUGUUUUUCAAAAAAAAGAAAAACCGUUGGAUUUAUUUAUUAUUUGUACUUAACCAUGUAAAGUUGUUUUAAACGCAUUAAAAGCCCUGCACACUCACACAGGUGUUCUCGGUUGCUCAUGCUAAUGAGCAUCU